AUGGGGCCUUCUCCUCCCCUUUCCAUUGACAACCGCCCCAACAGCUCUUCCCGCCCUUGUUGCAGUGGCUGUGCAGACCAUGGUGUGGUCCCUACAAAUGUGCUCCAGAGCUUGGGAGGAUCUCGUACACUGAGUCCCUCCAAGGAGUGGGAAGGGCGAAGUCUUUUGAAGGCUCUUAUCAAGAAAUCCGUGCUGUGUGGGGAGCAAGUCCACAUCCUGGGCUGUGAAGUGAGUGAGGAAGAGUUUCAUGAAGGUUUCAUCAACUGUCUGGUUUACCAUGACCUCUUCAGAGACCCUCUUAACUGGUCAAAAACUAAGGAGGCCCUUCCUAGGGGAUCAUGGGGAGCCUUGACAGCCAUGUGCAGAAGGACAGAUCCUGGUCCUGUCACCAUUGCUCUUGAUUCACUCAGUUGGCUUUUGCUUCACCUUCCCUGUACCACACUCUGCCAGACCCUGCAUGCCCUGAGCCAUCAGAACUCCUGCCCUGGUGACAGCUCCUCAGUGCGGCAGGUAUAUGUGCUGGGCUUGCUACAUGAAGAGCUUCAUGGCCCAGGCCCCCUGGGAGCAUUGAGCAGCCUUGCUCAGACUGAGGUGACCCUUGAGGGUACAGUGGGCCAGGCUUCAGCCCACACCUUCUGUCAGAGGCCUCAGCAGUGCCCAACUCACCAGACUAACUGGUUCUCCAUCUUUCCAGACUUCAGCCUGGAUGUCCAAGAGGGACCAUCUGUAGAAUCUCAGCCCCACCCAGAUCCUCAUACAUCCCUGAUGGACCCCAUGACUCAUUUGACCUUUAACCUUCACCAAAGGUUAAAGGAAACCAAAGAUAGCCUGACUCUGCCCUUCCAGUUCAGCUCUGAAAAACCACAGGCUCUACUGCACCCUGGGCAAGGCCAGGCUACCAGCCACAUCUUCUAUGAGCCAGAUGCCUAUGAUGACCUAGACCAAGAAGACCCAGAUGAUGACCUAGAUAUUUGA